GAAGAUCGUCAUCAAGGAAAAUGCAAAACAUUGGCAAUAUACACAAGUAGCAAUAACAAUAAGCAUUGCUACCACCAGUGGUACCAGCAGUACCACCACUACCAACCACCACCACCACCACCACCACCAUCAGUAACAUCAAAGCAUGCAACAUAAUCAAAGACAACCGACAUCAAUCGGCAAAUCGGUCAAGAUAGCACACGUGUUUUCCUCCGAAGAGAAACGAAAGACGUUUGUCUGAUUCCGCGUGCGUCGCGUAGACGAACGACGACAACAACGACGACGACGACGACGACGACGAAGACGACAACGACGACGGCCGCCGAGCUUAACAGUUCGUUUAUCAGUCAAGCAAGACCGCGUGUGGCACACGGUUCACAUCGUCGGUUGCAUCAAUCAUAUAAUAUAUACAUAUAUAUAUAUAUAUAUAUAUAUAUAUAUAUACAUAUAUAUAUUUAACGUUUGACAUAGAAUCGAUCGCAAAGUUCUUCAUUAAACUAAACGAAGCUGGAAUAUACGUGGAUUUAUUUAAUAACCAUAAUUCCUAAAUAUCAUUUAUCUAUUAUUUCGACAAGUUUUAUUGAGAUAACAUUCGUUGAUUCGAAAUCUCGUGAUCCAUCCAAAGGUGAUUUUAACGAGCACAUUCGUUCCGUCGUUGUUGACCGUGAACGAGACACGAUAGACGUCACAUCGAAAAAGAUCGACACGCUGGCGCUAAUUCAACGAUAUGUAAUUGUUAUAGUUUCAUGAUCGUCUACGUUUAACUACUAGAGCAAUCGCGAUGACGACAGUGCAACGACAUUGAAAUCAAGAUACUCUAGAUUAAGGCUGACGGAACUGGGCAGAGCUGACGUGAAAUUGUCUCAGGUUGAUCCUGGAAUCGGCGACUUUGGGAUAAAAAAUUAUCGUACCGUACGUCAGCACCGAAUUCGGCAUGGUCGCUUUGCCGGUCUCGGGGACUGAACCAUCCUUGCUGAACGUGACGAAUAUUCAAUCGAAUGGUUCAGAGAACUGCAAUGAAAGCAGAAGUGCCGAAGUAAUAAGACAAAGGAUUAUGGACAGAGCUUUCGUUAUUCCACGUGUUAAUAUGUCGCCUAAUAAUGGUAAUGACAAUUACGCUUUAGAGUUCGAGAAGAUCGACAAAUCGGACAAGAAGAAUUUCAAUGUAACAGGUGACGGUAUCAAGGCGGAACCUGUAGUAUUGAAGAAGGUGGCAGCCGGCCUAAAAGUUCCUAAUGGACAAACGAACAAAAAGGAUAUGCCAUUGCUGAAUCUUGGCAGCGGGGGCGGCGGUGGUGGUGGUGGUGGUGGUGUUAGUGGUGGUUCGUUAUCCAGUGGAAGUUCCAUAGUGACCAUCUCUUCCGUUGCAAAUUCAGACCCCGAUCCUGAUUAUCGGAAUGAUCCAACCGGAAAUGGAAAUGGGAGACAUCUAAGGACCGAGAAAUGGUAUCACACGACCCUACAAAUUUCUGUUCCUUUCUUCAUCGCUGGAAUCGGAACUAUUGGAGCUGGUCUUGUUCUCGAUAUGGUUCAGCACUGGCCAGUAUUCAAAUCGGUCAGCCAAUUACUCAUCUUGGUGCCUGCUCUGUUAGGAUUGAAAGGAAAUCUCGAUAUGUGUUUGGCAUCGCGAUUGAGUACUCAAGCAAACUUAGGAAAUAUGCAUACAUUACGUGAAAUUAUAAAAAUGAUCAUUGGUAAUAUCGCGCUGGUACAAAUUCAAGCGAUCGUAGCGGCCAUUCUGGUAGCAAUAUUUGCAAUAAUUGUUGGUGCCAUACAGGAUACUGUACAUCGAAACGAAGGGAGUGCAAUUGUACCCUUCGAAUGGAAUUAUGCUUUAUUAUUGGCAACUUCAAGCGUUUGCACGGCAACCAGUUCCUGUUUCAUUCUAGAUCUUAUAAUGAUAGCAGUGAUCAUGAUAUCCCAUCGAUGCAAAAUGAAUCCCGAUAACCUAGCAACGCCAUUGGCUGCAUCGGUAGGUGACGUCGUAUCGAUCAGUGUCCUAUCGGCAAUAGCCUCUGCAUUUUUCGUAAGAUUGCAAGAACAAGUUUGGAUACUUUACGUCGUCAUAAUCUGUUAUCUUUUAUUUUUACCAUUUUGGAUUUACGUGGUUAUGAAAAAUAAAUACACGAGAAACGUUUUAACGUCUGGUUGGGUACCUGUCUUAUCUGCACUGUUCAUCAGUGGACUCGGUGGAUUGAUCCUAAACGAAGUUGUUGACAAAUUCAAAGGAUUCGUAGUAUUUCAACCUAUUAUAAAUGGAAUUGGUGGUAACUUGGUGUCAGUUCAAGCAUCUCGAAUCUCAACAAUGUUACAUCAAACUAGUAUUUUGGGUAUAUUACCUCCACAUGCAAAAAUGUGGGUUGCUCCGUGGACAGCUCUAUUCAAAGGAGCACCGUAUGCCAAAACUGCGAGGAUAUUAAUCGGAAUGGCGAUUUGCGGUCAAUUGGUAUUCGUAUUUGCGGCGGAUUAUAUCAAAUGUCAGAGGUCAACUGUGGAUGCUUAUUUUGUUGUUUCUUAUAUCGUAGUAUCUACUUUACAAGUAAUGCUGUUGCUCUAUAUAGCACACGUGAUAAUUCAUGCAAUGUGGAGGCAUAAAAUAGAUCCAGACAAUUCUGCAAUUCCCUAUUUAACGGCAUUAGGUGAUCUAACGGGAACAAUGUUCCUAGCAUUAGCCUUCUGGUUCUUAACAUCGAUCCAUCAGGAAUAUCGUUCCUGCGAGGAUCUCGAUGUUGUUAAUGAUUCAACAUCGAUUCCAACAUAAAUUUUCUCAUUCGAUUGAGAAAUUCUCAAUGUUGAUUAUAAUGUAUAUGAUAGAAAAAAAAAGAAAGAAAAAAAAAAAAAAUAACUGACAGUUAGAUGAUUCUUCUAACAAAUCAUAGAUUAUAUUCUAAUAGAGCCCGAUUCAAAUAUACGUAGUUCGGUAUGUUCAAUGUAAAAAAAAAAAAAAAAAAAAAAAAAAAAACAAAAAAAGAUUAGAACAUUGAUCUGAACUCUAUUGAAUAGGGUAUGGAAUCCUUAACAAUCAAUAGAAAUUUCUGACAAAGAAAGAGAGCCAGAUAGAUAGCUAAAUAGAUAGAUAAAUAGAGAUUCUUUUUUUUUUAUUAGAAUCCUGUCAAUUGCAAUACUCACAAUCCAACAAUUACUUACAUACGUCUAAUUGCAUGUUCGUUUGUUCGUGGUUAUACUAAUCUCUUUCUCUACUCAGAAAUUAACGAUAAUAUCUAUUCUCCGCAUUGUGAUAUCGUGUGGGAUAGAUAAAAAAAAAAAAAAAAAAAAAAACAAAGAAAAGAAAAAAAAUAAGAGUGAAUUAAACGAGUAUGAGAUGUUUUGAGUGCAGUAUAAAACGUAAUAAAUAAUUAAAUAAAUAUACGUAUGUAUAUAUGUAAAUUAAUUAAUUAAUUAAUCGAUCAAUGAUAUAACUACCUAGUCAAAGGAUAUUUCUUAAAAACGAUAGAAAUAUAAUGGACGAGCUCGAAAAAAAAUAUGGAUACAAGUCGAAUGGAUUUAUCGCGAAUAACUAUAAUAUUAUCGUUGUAAACAAAUUCUUAAGCCUGAAAAGAGAAAGAGAUAGACUUUUACCCGAACUAACGAUGUUUAUAACGAUGUUUAUUAUUAUUAUUAUUAUUAUUAUUAUCAAUAUUAUUAAUAUUAUUAUUGAAAAUAAAGAAGAUAGUGAUAAGGUGGAAAAAAAAGGGAAUAACUAGCGGGAAAAACAUUGUCACAAUAAAUUGAAAAAAUGAAGGAAAAAAAAAAGGAAGAUACAAAAAAAAAAAAAAGAAAAAGAAAAUGAAAAAAAAAAUAAAAAAUAAAAGGAAGAUGGAGAAAUAUGAAAUUGUGAAAUUCUAGAUACCGAUCGUCUCGUAUGAUCUUCUUAUCUACAAAGAAGAAAACGAGCAAUGAUUAAAUCGCACUGCCUAUUAGUAACGUCACGUCCACGUCUAAUUACAUAAUCGACAUUAUCAAAUGACGUUAGAUAACGUUAUAUACAUUUUCUGACAUAGACGAACACGAUAAUCUAUUUUUAUGGGAUGAAAGGAAAAAAAAAGAAAGAAAUUAGGAAAGGAAGAAUAAAAAAAAAAACAGAAAAAAAUAUAAACACAUUUUUUUGAAUAAAUCUGACCUUCUCUUCGUCACGUAGAUCAGCUUGAGUUAACUAAAGGAUAAAUAAAAGUAAAAAAAAAUAAAAGAAAAAAGGAUUACCAAAAUGUCUUAUCGAAAAGUUCUAGUAUUAUUUUGAUUAAUAUAAUAUAAUAUACCUUGUGAGUAUUAUUUUAAUAAUAAUUUCUAAUCAGAUGAUUAAUUAUUUUCUUAUUAUUAAAAUAUUUCCAAUGGUCGCAAACGAUUGUUAUUUUUAUUUUCCUUUGUUCUAUCUGGCGAAAUCGAUAACGAUCAUAAUGAUCUUGAUUUUAAAUGACGCAGAAGAUGAGAAACAAAAAAAUAAGAAGAAGUAGAGACAAAAAAUCCUUGGAAAAUCCUAAUUGGAUAAAUAUAAUUAUACUAUUUUCUAAUUCGCAUCUAACAUACGUUUUAAUAAUACGUUGUAAAUAUCUAGAUCUAUUUGAUUGAUACGUGGAACAUUUAAAGUAUACUUCGCUAAUAAAAGAUGUAGUAUUACCGAAGUAAAAAUUAUGAUAAUUAAUAUCUUUGUAUAUACAUUUUAUCUAGAUAAAAUUUAUGAAAAAUAUUGGAUGUAUAUAUCGAUUUAUGUAUCGGCGAUCAGUCAAUGUGUUAAACGAUUAUCAACAUUAAAACGAUGGCGUAUAAUAAAUAAAUGUUUGUUAAAAAAAAAAAA